AUGGCGACCUCCGCUUCAGAGUCGUCUUCGGCAACGACGGAAUUUCGAAAUUGGCUUGAGAUGCCUGACGAACUGAUGAGAAUUAUAUUUCGAAGAUUGGAAGCUGUAGAAAUACUCAACAGCGCAAUGAAAGUAUGUACAUCUUGGCAGAGGAUUUGCAAGGAUCCAGCGAUGUGGAAGGUGAUUGUUAUGCACAAAUCAUUUGAUAAUUGGGAUAAAAAUUACGAUCACAAGACCAUGACUAAGCAGGCAGUCGAUCUCAGCUGUGGGGAAUUAAUCGAUAUCAGUAUCAAGGGGUUUUGCACCGAUGAUCUCCUUCAUCACAUAGUUCUAUGCUCAAGUAAGCUGAACCGUGUUUGCCUUUGGAACUGCUAUCAUAUGACGGGCAGUGGGUUCAUUCGGGCAGUCAAAGGGGCACCACAAUUGGAGAACCUUCGUCUUUUUAACACCCCAAUAAAUGCAAAAGACAUAGAAGCUAUUGGACGGAAUUGCCCUCAACUCAAGUCAUUUAUGAUGGCCAAACGGUUCACCAAUGGGUCCGGAGGGUUAUUCUUAAAAUGUGAUGAUCAUGCCCUUGCUAUUGCAAAUAACAUGCCUGAGUUACGCCAUUUAGUACUGAUUGAUGGUGAGAUGACAAAUGAUGGACUCGAGGCCAUUCUUAUUGGUUGCCCUCAACUUCUAUCCCUAGAUGUUACUAUGUCUCAAAUCCUUGAUCUUAAUGGUAAUUUAGGAAAACUUUGCAUGGAAAGGAUCAAAGAUUUUAAGCACCACUUAAUAUAA